AUGUUGCACUCUGACCGGGAUCCGGGGGAGUGCACAAUGACCCCGGAACAAUGUGCCUAUAAAUCUCAGUACUGGGUGAAUUGGUACCAAGCAGACCAUCGCUAUUCCUUGCCGACGGUAGCUUUCUUUCUGGCUGCUAUUGUUCUGUUUGCCGUUGGUCAUUUUCUAUCCGGUAUCGCUCCUCAGCGAGUCCAAAGAAGCGCGAUUUGGUCGCGCUCCGUGUCUUUUCUCCGAUUCCUGUCUUACAAAAGCUGGCGAGUUGCUGGCUGGAACACUCAGUCUUUGGGUGUCUUCUUGUUGGGAGGUGCUGGUCUGGUCUUUUUCCUGGCGAUGACACUCGGGCCUCAUCCUUAUUACUGGCCUAAUACCAAGGAGAUCAGCUACGGUGGUUCGCCCCCUAUCGCCACAAGAACGGGCUUUAUGGCCCUAGCAUGUCUGCCAUUUUUGAUUAUUCUUGGUGCUAAAGCAAACCCCAUCACUGCAUUGACCGGCAUCUCACACGAGAAGCUCAACAUCUGGCAUAACUGGGUUGCUUGGGCCAUGUUUGUCCUGGCCUUGAUUCACACCUUCCCAUUCAUCAUUGUCCACGUCAAGAAGGGCGACCUUGUCAUGACAUGGAAGACUGGUGGCGUUUGGGUGACGGGCGUGGUAGCCCUCAUUGCUCAGGCAUGGCUCACAUUUAUGUCUGUCCCCUGGAUUCGAAACCGCUAUUAUGAAUUUUUCAAAGGAACCCAUUUCUUCAUGGCGAUGGUUUUCAUGAUCUUCUUUUUCCUCCAUUGUGAUUUCCGUAUGUCCUCCUGGGACUACUUUAUCGCCACCGCCGUCAUCUACACACUCUGCUGGCUCUACUCUCAGUGUCGAACAUACUUCGAGCAUGGCUUCAAGCACAAGGCCCGGCUGUCCGCUGUAACCGAAAACAUCUUGAAGAUCACAAUCGACACAAGAAUGGAGUGGGCACCCGGCCAGCAUAUCUUUCUGCGAUUUUUGACCUGUGGUGCACACGCCUUCACAUCUCACCCUUUCACUAUCUGCUCUGUUUCUCAGAAGGGAAACAAGAAUCAACUGCAAUUUUUUGUCAAAUGCAGAGGCGGCAUGACUGGUCGCUUGAUGAGCUUGGCUCUUAAGAACCCCGAUGCCCAGGUUCCGGUUCUCCUGGACGGUCCCUAUGGUGGUAUUCCCCAAGGGCGUCUGGUUGAUUUCGAAAGAAAUCUCAUUAUCGGUGGCGGUGCUGGAGCUGGUUUGACGCUGUCCAUGGUCGAAGAAUUUGUUCAACUCUCCCAUCUACGACCUAAAGACGAGAUGAAAGUCAUCGUCGCAACCCGUGAUGCUGGUAUGCGUUUCUGGUAUCUUCAGGCUUUGGAGGAUAUUGCCCACCGGCAUUCUAAAGACGAGACUAUUCCUCGAUUAUCCAUCCAUAUCCACGAGACCUUUUCCGAAGAAGUUGGUCGGGAACCUGGAACUGAAGAUCUCAAAUUGGAAGCCGGCGCCAAAGUUCAAAGAGUGGUUUCUAAGGAAUGUAGCCAGCUGACGACGGAAAUGUUUGGAGUUCAUUUCUUCAGCGGCAGACCUGAUCUCCCAGCCAGUACCCAUCAAAUGGCCGACCAGGAGGGCGUCUCUGUGGGUGUUGUGGUGUGCGGUCCCUCCUCUAUGCAUCAUGAUGUCUGUGAAGCAGCCUCGGUAGAACAAAGCAAAAUCAUGGCUAAGAAGCCUGGCGCUGCGAGGGAGCUGUGGCUUCACACCGAGAAUUUCUCGUAA